AUGAUCCCUCGUCUCUUCGGCCUCGAUUCGAAUUGGAACGGCCCGACAGACGACAUCUGGUUCACCAGACAGAUCCGCGAGGGUCAACUCACAGCCUGGGCACUCACCGUCAAAUUUUGGCGCAUCGAAUUCGGUCUCCAGCGAGACGGCCAAACCUACAACGUCCAAUGCCGCUACCAACCCAAAUGGGACAAUGAAACCGUCUGGAGCCAGAACGGCCCCGGUCCCGGCUACGACGGCACCUGGACCACGCGAAUCGGGUGGACGCGCCUGGGUCGAUUGAAGAUCGAAUCGCAUUUCGACGACGCGCGGAGUUCUUUCCCACGCCGUCUAUCCUGGCUGCAGUGCCAGUCCCUCCUGCACGGAUUUGUCAACAGGAUCGUCGACCGCCCGGAUGUCGACUGGCGGUGGUUUGCGGACAAUGUCAAUCCGGCGUGUCGCGGCAUCGAGCAGUUACCGCCGCCGCCCGCGGCGCUGCAGAACCAUGUCUGGCAGGCGAACGCGCCGCAUGAGAAUAGCCCGGCGCAGAGGAGAAAGAAGUCAAAUAUGAUUGGUAUUUUGUAUACCGCAUCGUUUCGUUGA